UUCCACUCCGGAAGUUUAGAGAGUUUUGGAUGACGGCAGAUUAAAGGGUUUUAUUUUGGAAGUUGUGCCGGAAAUUGUAUAUAUUUCCGGCUACUUGACAGUCCUUAAACGCAGGGCGAGGACUGCUCCGCUUUACUUUCCUCUAGUCUGUGACCACUUUCUUUGUUGUUAUUGUGAAUAGUCAUUAAGUAUGGUGACACUACUAGUUUUAAAGUUUAUUUUCCAAUAAGUUGGCACUAACUUGCUGAGGAAUCCAAUGUUAGCCUGAAUGCAUUCAAACGGCUAACUAACGCUAACCUCUCCAGACUGAACUAACGAUGAGAGUGGACUCGGAUUUUAUUUAUGUUUUACAUUUUAUCGGAAUGGAAAUGAGGGGCGAACAUGAGUUUUGCUCCUCGUUUUAAACUAUGAGAGGUUGUUUACAAAAGGAGACAAGGGGGAAAUGACACUCUGCUAGGACAAGACAACGUGAAAAAGACGUGAAGGAAGAAUUCCAACCAUAAAUCUUGUGGUGCUUCUGUUUUUACUGAUUUCUGGAUUAAUUGAUUACAAGUUUUUUUUUUUUUUUUUUCUUUCCUGUCCUACUUUGUGUGAAACUCCCCCAAUGCAUUCACCUAUGGAGAACUGAGGGUGAGCUGACACUUGCCCCCUCUCGACAUGCUGGCUCUGAGGCCGGAGCAGGGCAGGCGAGGGGGUAGCGAGGUGGAUCGCCUGCAGAAAGGGGCCACCGUGGCGUGGCAGGGCCGCCAGCCAGGGAGACCCCCUUCUCAUGAGCAGGGCAUUAGCAUCAGGGAUAAGAUCUCCCAGUGGGAAGGUCGCAGUCAGCAGGGAAGCAGCCCGGAUGCUGGGGUGAAAGCGCACCCUCCAGUUGUAUCCAGAACUCUUUCUGGAGAUGUGCUGGGUAACGGAUUUUCCAACGAGGGCUCGAGAGGUGGGAAAGCCAGCCUCACAAAAACGAAGAGUUUAGAUUUUCGGGAAUGCCUGGAAGAAACUGGACAUCGUGUGGUCGGUAGAAAGUCAGAACCCUUGCAGAAAUGCUCCACUGAAUUUUCAACCAAAACCCCAGGAAAUAAACCACUCACAGCACAGAUAUUCCCGUCUCCCAGAGUGGAGGCUAACACUGCUAACUGUACAAGUAAACAAAUCUUAGCUGUCAAUGGCCACCAAAACCUGGGUCGCAUCUUGGACAUCGAAGUAGUUUCUAAACCUCUACCUCUGUCAACUGACGAUCAAGAAGACAACAUGCCCGCCGGGAACUUUUACACCUCUCGGGGUUUCUGGCGGAAGCUCGAGGGAGACAGACUGCUCUGGGAGAAAGGCAGGGAGUCUUCAGGUGACGCUCAGGCUCCUCCCAAACCUCAGCGGACAUUCCAGUACCGGGGAGCCAACAACAAUAUGGGGCACGCACCACGAUGGGACAGCAGAUCCCCUCAUAACAACCUCUCCACUGUGAGGAGUAGGAGGGUAGCCCACCCACCGAGCUUCCCACCUCCUCCAUGUCCGGUUGCAAAGACAGAGGGGCUUUCAAGACAUAAACAUAACAGGAAGUCCUUUGAGUACGAGGAUGCGGCGCGUCUGACGGCAAAGCCAGCCACGCUCGGAGGCGAGGGCAGGCACUCGAGCCUCUACCAUGCCUACUCUGACGACAAUAUUUAUGAGGACAUCGUCUGUGAAGUGACCAGAGAUAACCCCUAUGAGGAUGUCAAGCUGUCUCCUAUGUGUCUCCCUAUUGCAAGGCCUCACGUCCCCAAGCUUCCUCCGAAACCCCAGAAUCUACAGGGGUCCGCUGGCAAACUGGAGAAGAAGGGACUCCAUGCAUCCAAAGCCUCAACCCUCGCAGAUACUCCUAAACCAGCUACGCCCCGACGCACAAGCACUCAAAAAACACUGAGGACGCCUCAGUACGUCAACAAGAUUGAGACAAUCUUUGACGACAAGAGAGGGAAGAAGAGAGUGAAGAACCAGGGAUUCUCAGUGCGAGAGGAGACCAGCGGGACAGAGAGCGACCCCGAGGACAACUCCAAAGCAGGCUCCAAGAGAUCAGUUUAUAUCCAGUCUACACUGAAACGUCGGCCAGGCUACCGCACCUUGGAGAGAGACUUAAUCCAGCUGCAGCAGCAGCAGCUUUUCCAGAUCUUCGUGGUGGUGUCGCUGAGAAAAGGCUCCCCUGGAAACACCUACUCCCCUGAAAUCACACAACAGUUCCCCAAAAUGUUUGAGAAGUCGUCCCGGCUCUCCAGAGAGGCUGAGGAUCAGCUGAAGGUCAUUCCCAAGUUCUGCUUCCCUGACUCACAGGACUGGAAGCCCUCUGCACACAUGCCAAGUGAGACCUUCUCCUUCGUCCUGACCGGAGAAGACGGCAGCCGCUGGUUUUGUUACUGUCGUAAGAUCCUGCCCAAUGGAAAAGGGAAGAGGCUUCCAGAGGUCCACUGUAUCGUCAGCAAGUUGGGCUGUUUCAACCUGUUUGCAAAGAUUUUGGAGGAGGUGGAGAGGCGUCGAGAGAUUUCUCCAGCGUUGGUUUACCCCUUCAUGCGCAGCGUGAUGGAGGCCCCAUUCCCAGCUCCUGGACGCACAGUCACUGUUAAGAGCUUUCUUCCUGGCUCUGGGAGCGAGGUACUGACUCUGUGUCGGCCGGUGGACUCCAGAUUAGAGCACGUGGACUUUGACAGCCUGCUGCAGUGUCUCAGCGUCGGGAAACUCCUGCAGGUGUUCGCCUCCCUUCUCCUCGAGAGGAGGGUCAUCUUCAUCGCUGACAAACUGAGUGUGCUGUCUCGGUGUAGCCAUGCAGUGCUGGCGCUGCUUUACCCGUUCACCUGGCAACACACCUUCGUGCCUGUGCUGCCAGCCAGCAUGCUGGACAUCAGCUGCUCCCCCACCCCAUUCCUCAUCGGGGUGCUGGCACCCUGCCUGCCACAGCUGCUGGAUCUGCCCAUCGAGGAGGUGCUCAUAGUGAAUCUGUGUGAAGACAAGUUUGUCGUUCAGCUAGGUGAUGAAGACUGCAUCCUGCCCAGUAAACUGCAGGCAGCGCUGCAGCAGAUCUUGGAGGAGAGGGAAGAUAUCCUGAGGCAGGAGGAUGGAGACAGAUCUGGAGGCCAGCCUGCUGUCCUGAGCUCUCUGUUGUCAGAGGCUUUCGUGCGGUUCUUCGUGGAGUUGGUGGGCCAUUAUCCUCUCCACAUGGUCGAGUCCUCCAGCGGAAGCAGGGAGCUUCAGCGCGACAGCUUCCGCAAAUCUCACCCCUCCCGCGGAGUCCGCCAGUUCCUGCAGCUCUUCAUGGACACUCAGAUGUUUGCCGGCUUCAUUCAGGACAAAGAGCUGCGCAAGGGAGGAGGGAGAGGUCUCUUUGAAGUCAGAGUGGCCGAGUAUCUGGAUUCAUAUCCUGAGCCGGAGCCAAGCGGAGUGAACAAGUUUCUUAAAGGACUGGGAAACAAGAUGAAGCUUCUACAAAUGAAGUGAAAGAAAGAGCAACAUCCUGGCUUUUAAAUUAAGUGACUUUGUAAUUAAAAACGUGUUGCUGCUGGACCGUCUGGAGAAAUGAAUGAGGAUGAGAGUCUUGUGUCUUGAUGUGGAUUGGAUGGUUAAGAGUUUGGAUAUCAGUGUCAUCUUUAGAGUUGUGCAUGCAUGUGAGAGAGCAGUGAACUUAUCCUUGAAUUAAAACUGGAAACACUAUAUAUGUCUUUUCUAGCAAACUACAAAACAAAGCAUUCCAGCUAUUUAACCUCAGUUUUCAACCUGAACUAUAAUUGUGACUUUUUAUUUUAUUUUAUGGAAACAUUUCGCUGGAAUUUGGAUUAUUCUUCUGCACAAUGUCCAUUUGACAGUAAAUGCAACUUUAAAGUUACAUUUCAAUCUUAACUGAAAAAAAAUGGGUAUGGUUCCAACCUGAUGCAUGCUUUUAUACAUUAUGUAAAGUCUAUUAUUCAUGUUGCAUUCCUUUUAGCACAAAGUGUAAAAAAAAAAUGUUUACUCUGUUCGCAUUUCAGAUUAAGUGGAGGUUUAUUAACUCAUCAGAACAUUUCAGUGUUAAGACUCCGGGUUAAACCUCAAUUAUAAUGUGUAUCAAUAUAUUUUGAGACUUUCCCCCCCCCUCAACUUUCUCCCUGUUAACUGGAGUUGUAAAUAUUUUUUUUUUUUUUUUUUUUUUACAUUUUGCACAAUGUUGAGAACCAAUGUACAGUAUUUGGAAUAUUUUUGUAUUAAAGCAUGGCCUGUCCAACAUACUUUUUAAAUAAAUGA